GGGGCUUCGGUACGGAGGCCGCGAGGGCGGCGAGGGGGCGCGGCGGGCGGGGCCGCGGGCCGGGGCGCCAUGGGCAACCUGUUCGGCCGCAAGAAGCAGAGCCGGGUCACCGAGCAAGACAAGGCCGUCCUGCAACUGAAGCAGCAGCGGGACAAGCUGAAGCAGUGCCAGAAGAGGGUCACCCAGCAGCUGGAACGCGAGCGCGAGAUCGCCAGGCAGCUCCUGCGGGACGGGAAGAAGGAACGGGCCAAGCUGCUGCUUAAGAAGAAGCGAUAUCGGGAGCAGCUUCUGGACAAGACAGAAAACCAGAUCACCAGCCUGGAAACAAUGGUCCAGAGCAUCGAGUUCACCCAGAUUGAGAUGAAGGUGGUCGAAGGGCUGCGGAUUGGAAACGAGUGUCUGAAAAAGAUGCACCAGGUGAUGUCCAUAGAGGAAGUGGAGCGGAUACUGGAGGAGACGCAGGAGGCCGUGGAGUACCAGCGGCAAAUAGACGAGCUCUUGGCCGGAAGCUUCACUCAGGAGGAUGAAGACGCCAUCCUGGAGGAGCUGAACGCAAUCACUCAGGAGCAGAUAGAGCUCCCAGAGGUUCCUUCUGAGCCCCUUCCCGAAAAGAAACCAGAGAAAGUCCCCCGCGAGGCCAAGCCCAGGCAGGUGGAGCUGGUGGCGGCCUCGUAACUCGGCCUCCUCUCACGGACUGGCGGGGACUCCCCAGAGCCUGGGGGCCACAGAGUUUGGGUGCGUGGCCAGCCCUGACCCGGUUCCCGGGAGGCCGGCGCCAGGCCAGGCCGGUCAGGUGCUGAUGGCGCAGCGUGGCACACGGGGCUUGGUACCAGGAGGGCUCUGCGGAGCAUUUCCCUGGCGCUGCGGCCUUGCUCUCGUUUCUGGAUUAAAUGGCAACAUUCAGACCCUCCAGCCACAUGCAGCUUCUGACGCUGCAGCUCCCACGCGGCCACAGGCAGGCCCAAGGCUCCUGGUGCUGGCCACGCUCCUGUCCCCGGCCCUGCAAGGCUCCGCGGGCCGCCUUCUCCGCAGCUUGCUGUCUUCUUGGGAGGGCGCGUCGAACCUGGCUUCCUUGCCCGCCCCUCCCUCACUUCUUCCUGCUGCUCCCGUCGGCUGGCCGGGGCUUCAGUUAGGGAGUCCCUGCCUUGGCCUGGCUUCCUGACCUGCCCAGUCUCCCCAUCGGUUUGGGGCUGGAAACCUCCCUCUUCUGUGUCGAUGUUCGGCGGUGUUGGGCUGGCGGGGGUGGACACA